ACAAUAUUAAUGUUGCAGGCAACACAGCCUGCACAUAGCAACGAGACGAAACAAUGUGUAUUGCAUCAAGGCUCUCAUUGAUGCCGGAGCUGACGUCAAUGCCAGGGACAAUAUGCAGCGUACUCCACUGCAUGUUUCAGUGCUGGGCAACUCUACUGAAGCCUUGAGGCUGUUGCUGGCUUCAGGCUGCAACGUUUCUGCAGUCAACUCUCAAACGUUCACAGCCAUGCACAUCGCGGCUUUGUCUGGGAAUGAAGCGGGUGUCCAGGAGCUGUAUAAAGCAGGACUUAACCCCGAAACCAGGGAGGAGUCGGGACUGCUUGCUGAGGAUGUUGCAGAAGUCUGGGGCAGUCAUAACACUGCCUGGCUCUUGAGGAAGUUGCCUAAACUCAACACUGACUCACACACUCAAUCAGACACUCAUUCACUCAUGGCGAGGAGCUGGCAGGAAUACGAGAGUGAAGGCCACAAGACACUGGAAUGGGUGAAGAAAAAGGAUUUUGUGUUGCUGGAGGCCAGUCUUCCCAAGAAUCGAGACAGCCAUUACCAGGACGUCGAUGGCUUGACGCCCCUCCACUGGGCAGCUAAACUAGGCUUCCCUACCAUUGUUCGCUCCCUGAUAGACAACUGUAAGGUGCUGCCCUGGGCCCUGACCCAUGAUGGAGAGAGUCCAGCUGACCUGGCUCGCCAGGCUGGUCAUCAACACUUGAGUCAGGUCAUUACAGAAGCUGCUGGUGUUCAGGUUAGUUAUUGUUCGUCUUCACUUACUAAAGAAUGAGACUCUUAUACAACAUAUGGAUAUUUAUACUGAAGACAGUUUCGCCACACAGUAGCUUCAUCCGGCUAAUACAAAGAAAGUGUUGAAGAACACAAGAGGUUAUAAACCA